AUGGGAAGUUGUGGAGUGAUCAGACGUGCCUCAACCACAAAAGAUGAGGAUGAUCUUUUCCUGGAGGAGCCGACACCAGAAUCCUCGGAGGACAUCAAGAAGCUUGGGAAAGAGGAUCUAACAACGAAAUGCCUUUACAUGAAUCGACGACCUGGUAAAGGGGAAUCUUACGAGCCGACACAUUUUGAGCAUUUAGCCAAUGUUGGAACGCAUGGAAUAGGAAUCGUACCGAGUUUGAUCGCUUUCUAUUACAUCAUCGACGCAGCCCAUCGUGAGCUCCAGUACACGUUGAUGUUUGUGUACGGCGUAUUUACAACGAUGCUUUUCCUCGCCUCGACACUCUACCAUUUCUUCGAGAUGUUGUAUCGACCGGUAAAACAAAAACAACGCCUACGCUACUAUUUACACAUCUGUGAUCGAGCCGUGAUCUACUUGUUUAUCGCCGCCUCCUACACUCCAUGGCUAGCGCUUCGACACUGCGGCUAUCCGGGGCUCAAUUUGAAAUGGAUGAUUUGGGUGUUCGCCAUUCUCGGCAUUCUCUAUCAGUACAAUUUUCACGAACGUUACAAGAGUCUCGAGACGGCACUCUACAUCUUCGUUGCCGGUCUACCAUCGGUGGCCAUGUUUACAAUGAACGAUCGCACCGGCUUAGAUUUAAUGAUGAUUGGCGGGCUUGUUUAUAUGUUUGGCGUGAUUUUCUUCAAGUUGGACGGUGUCGUUCCGUUUGCGCACGCGAUUUGGCACGUUCACGUGCUUUUGGGCGCCGCCGUGCACACUUAUGCUGUUUACGUGUCAUUGAUUGGACCCGAUGCAAACAAUCCGGUACCCGAUGUGAGCCGUUGGCCCGACGGGGAGUUG